UCUCCUCCUCCGAGGGGCAGGGAAGGGAAGGCAGGGGAGGAGGGAGGCUUUGGCAUGCUCCGGCUGGACAAGGACCCUAGAGCCCUGGGUGGUGUGGCUAGCACUCUGGCUAGGAGUGUUGCUAGCCCUGCCUCCCCCUGGCCCCCUUCGGAAGAGCCCCUGCUUCCCCUGGGCUCCCUGGGCGCCUCGUGCCUCCUUCCUCUCCCGCCUCCCUGUCGCCGCCUGGGAGGACGCCGACCUGCUCCUGGAGGUCACUCUUGGGCCGACAGCAGCAGCAGCAGCAGCAGCAGAAGAAGAAGCCGCCUGUGGCUUCUCCUCCUCCUCCUCCUCCUCUUGCUCGCUUCCCUUCCUCGCCUGAAGAGGAGGCUCUUGCCAGCGGGGAGAGAAGGGGGAGGAGGAGGAGCCCGAGGCUGCUGAGGCAGAAGGGAGCCGGUCCCGGCUGAAGCCCCCCGCCCCGCCCCGCCCCGCCCCGCCGGCCCCGGAGGGAUUUACUCGGGAUUCCCCAGGAGCCGAGGGGAAAGAUGUACCUCGACCCAGAGGCCGCCAAAGGGGCACCUUCCCGUGAUGUCCUCCUGGUCUCAGCCAUCAUCACCAUCAGCCUUAGUGUCACCAUUGUCCUGUGCGGGAUCUGCCAGUGGUGUCAGCGCAAACUGGGCAAACGUUACAAAAACUCCUUGGAGACAGUGGGAACACCAGAUUCCAGCCGAGGCCGCAGCGAAAAGAAAACCAUUAAUGAUCUAGACAGAGACUUUUGGAAUAACAAUGACAACACAGUGCAACAGAAAUGGAGCUCCUACCCUCCCAAGGAGUUUAUACUAAACAUAUCACCUUACGCCCCAUACGGUGAUCCACGACUUUCCCUCAAUGGCUCAUUGCUGUCAGGUGCAAAGCUGGCCGCCUCGGCCACAUCAGGGCUGGCAGGGGGGCGAGAAGGACGCCAUGGGGAGAGACCACAGCUCCGAGAGGACGGCAUGAAGAGCAGCGUGUCUGCCCACAGCGAGCCCAGCAUUGGGAAGGCGGGGAGAGGCCGAUGGCAAAUGGUGCAGAGCCAUCUAGCAGCAGGGAAGCUCAGCUUAUCCAAUUUUGAGGAUUCCACCUUGUCCACAGCCACUACCCUUGAGUAUAUCCCCACCUCAGCAGGAGACCCGAAAUGCCAGCGCCCACGUACCCUGUUGCGCCAGCAGAGUCUCCAACAGCCACUCAGCCAACACCAGAAACCCAACCACAGCCAGCCCACCACCAGCCAGAGCCUGGGUCACCUCCAGUCCCACACCAGCCACUCUUCCACCACAGCCAGUGGCAACCCCCGGGGCUGUCGGAGUGGGCAGUCACGGCAAGGGACCACCGCUGGCUCCAAGCAAAGAACAGCUGGCAGCCGUAGCCGCUCCAACCCAGGGAGCUGGGACCACAUGGUGGGGCAGAUUCGGAACCGAGGCUUGGAUAUGAAGUCUUUCCUGGAAGGCCGUAUGGUGGUGCUAUCCCUUGUUUUGGGGCUCUCAGAACAGGACGACUUUGCCAAUAUACCUGAUCUACAAACCACUGGGAACCAGCAGAACCAGAACUCUCAGGGGGACAAGAGAUUACCCUCUGGUGGCAAAGUGGGGAAUGCAGCAGCUGUGCCAGGGCAGACGCAACACGAGGAGCCAGACCACAAGACGGAGCCCCGCUCAUCUGUGUCAGAUUUAGUCAACUCCCUGACCAGUGAAAUGCUGAUGCUCUCCCCUGGGUCUGAGGAUGAUGAGGGACACGACAGCUCCAGCAGAGAGAACCUUGGCCGAAUCCAGUUUAGCGUUGGCUACAAUUUCCAGGAAUCCACCCUAACUGUCAAAAUAUUGAAAGCUCAGGAACUGCCAGCCAAGGAUUUCAGUGGCACAAGUGACCCUUUUGUCAAAAUUUACCUCCUACCAGAUAAAAAACAUAAGCUGGAGACCAAGGUGAAAAGGAAGAACCUAAACCCCCAUUGGAAUGAGACCUUUCUCUUUGAAGGUUUUCCCUAUGAGAAAGUGGUUCAACGAGUGCUGUAUCUACAGGUUCUUGAUUAUGAUCGGUUCAGUCGUAAUGAUCCCAUUGGGGAAGUGUCUAUUCCCCUCAACAAGGUGGACUUGACCCAGAUGCAAACGUUCUGGAAAGACCUAAAGCCUUGCAGUGAUGGAAGUGGAAGCCGAGGAGAGCUGCUCCUAUCCCUUUGCUACAACCCUUCUGCUAACUCCAUCGUUGUGAAUAUUAUCAAAGCUCGGAAUCUUAAAGCCAUGGACAUUGGAGGAACAUCAGACCCUUAUGUGAAGGUGUGGCUGAUGUACAAAGACAAGCGGGUGGAGAAGAAGAAGACAGUGGUGAUGAAGAGAUGCUUAAACCCUGUCUUCAAUGAGUCCUUCAUCUUUGACAUCCCCACAGAGAAACUGAGGGAGACAACCAUUAUCAUCACUGUCAUGGAUAAGGACAAGCUAAGCCGGAAUGAUGUCAUUGGAAAGAUCUACCUGUCAUGGAAGAGUGGCCCAGGUGAAGUGAAGCACUGGAAGGAUAUGAUUGCACACCCCCGUCAGGCAGUGGCACAGUGGCAUCAGUUGAAGGCUUGAAGGGCAGAUGCCGAGGACUCGCUCUGGGUUUCAAUGCACCAACUUUUUUUGGCCACACUCUCACUAAUUUAUGCACAGCGGCUGCACCGAGGUCUCCUCCAGGGACACAAAAGUUUGGGAUUGAUCACAGGCUAAGGGAGUGAAUCUGAAAACAUGUACUUUUUUUAAAAAUCUGGGAGAAGGUGGUGUGGGUGCCCUAUUGUGCUGGUUCAGUACACACAGCACCAUAAAGAACAUCAUUACUACCCAAACCUCCUGCUUUAGCCUUUCCUUCAGACUCCUUAUGUAGAAAGAAUGAGUGAAAGAGAGAAAGAGAGAGAGACCAGAGCAGACCAGCCCUCCAGCUGAAAGUGGCCUCAGCACAGGAUUUGUUUGGGUUCACAGUGUAGUGCAAGCAGUUAUGGCAGCAUGAUGGAAGGAGAGGGGUCUGCGACCGCCAUAUGAGACUUCCUAUGAGUUCUUCCAGCCAAAGGCCAUUUGGGAUGGCACCCAAGUCCACCGUGGGAAUGUUAGCCCGCACUGGUGGCUGCUCAGGCCUGAGGGGUAAUGACACAGAGAUCACUUGCUUGAUUUCAACGAGGUUGUUUCGUCAUAAUUCAAUAAAACUUGUUUAGAGUAAUAAGAAUAAUAUAAAUAAUGCUCCUGGCUAGAUCUUUGUCCUAGCCGGGCCACUCAGCAAAGGGGCAAGAGGAGCCAUGGUGCUCCCACAAGCUCCUCAUGGGUGUAUUGUGGGUGUGGGUGUGUGUUGUAACUAUGCGUUCAGGGUAUUUGUGUGUCACUUGUUGUGUUUUCUUUUGGGCCCUAGAGAAAUUGCUUUUAUCAGGGGAUUUGACUGACAGCCCAGCAGGAAUGGAUGGAGAGGUUUAUGCCAUGUGGGAUGGAAAACAGGCCCAACACAUUACAGGGGACUGGGUCAGAAGGGAGAGAGAACAGUGAUAAGCAAGGAGGCCAUUUGCUCUUAGUCCCUCUGUGUGGCACAAUGAGCUAGAAGCCACCACCAUGAGGCACAUGUCACAUGCAAGAGAAUAGCCUUUAGUUCCCCUCCCCCCUUUUUUUGGCAGAUGAGAUAGAAACAAGCUAAGCAUACUGCAGUUUUCUAGGUAAACAAUGUAGACCCCUGGCAACACCUGAACAUCCUUGGCAGAAGCAGACACAAGCAAUUCAACUAUUUUAACUCAAUUCCUCCUCUUCCUCCUUUUCCUCUUCCAUUUCCUUCUCCCUCCUCCUCCUCUUUUUCCAUCUCCUUCCCAUCAUCAUUAUCAUCAAUUUCAGUAAAGGACUCAGUAUACCAUAGAGUCAAAGUUUUAAAAUAUUAAACAGGGAACAAGUCUUACAACAUCACAACUCACUUUUUUUCUUCAUUGGAUAGGUCAGAAUGCUGGUCCAACCAUGCAGUGACCAAAGGUCCCCCACCCCACCCCACCUUGUAAGCCUCCCCAAUGUGGCCAUUUUCAGGUUGCUGGAGAGCAAUGGGAUCAGCAACAACAAAGCCAGCAGUUUUCCUUUUACUAGAGGUCACCUGCAGGGAUGUCCCAUGGACACUCAGAGGUCCCUGCAGAUGUCUGUUGCAGUACAUCCAGCUAAAGAAAAUAGCUAGAUGCUUCACCAUUUAUCACACCAUUCUCUAACAACCCAGAAAUGGUUGCUGUGGAGGGGAGGGGGCUGCACAGCUUACAAAAUGGAAUUGGGAGAUGUAGCUACAGAGUCUACAGAGGAGACACAUGCAUCUCCCAGUGCAGGACCUCUGCCAGUACAUAAAAGAUCAGCUGGGAUCAUAUUUGAUGCUGAGGAAGUGUAAAGCUUUGCCAACGUACUUGUGUUGAAGAUCCAAGAGACUGAAGGCUUCUCCCUCCCUCCCUCCCUCCCUCCCUCCCACCGCCAGCAAUGCAACAAAAGUCAGAAGAUGCACAGGCACAUCUCAGUGGCCAAUAAGUGGGUUGUCCAGUUGUCAUUGUGCAACCAGGGAAAAGCCUUAUGGAUAAGGUACUGGAUACCUCCUUCUCCAGUAUCUGAGGAAGUACUUAUGUUGGCAUCAUCCGUGGUUAUUCUGGCCCAAGGAGAAAUUAUGAGAAUAGUCAGUUGGCUUUACCAGAAUAUUUUAAUGUCAGCACAUUCACAUCUCCUCAGAUACCUGGCCAGAAGUAGAGAAAUGUCUCGAUUAGGCACCAAAAAAAUAUUGGAACCAGAUCUUGGAAGAAACUAGUUAAAUAUAACUAGUUAUUUGCUAAUUAGCUUUGUACACAAAAAGUUUAACAAGCUAAGCUGUUAACAGCACUCAUUAUGAGAGUUUGGAAACAACUUGUUAAGUUUAACUAUUCAUGUGCUGACUUAGGCCUGUUACAGACUGUCAAAAUAAAGCUGCUUCGGGUCUCUUUGGAGAUAUGCUAUUUAAAUGAUU